CCAUGCCUCGUCCAGGCCUUUCUCGGGACCGCCAGCAAGCACCCCCCUACAGGGUGGCUUUGGCUAGGUGCACCUCUCGGUGUGUCAGACUCCGCUCUGAGGGGACCCGUAGAUUUCGGGGUCUGGAAGUCUACGUAUCAGUUCUCUCUCUUAAGCCAAAAUGGGAAAUGACCACACCUAACAAGACACCACCAGGUGCUGAUCCCAAGCAGUUGGAAAGGACUGGUACUGUUCGGGAAAUAGGGUCUCAAGCUGUUUGGUCCCUUUCAUCCUGUAAGCCAGGCUUUGGAGUGGACCAGUUACGAGAUGAUAAUCUAGAAACUUACUGGCAAUCUGAUGGGUCACAGCCUCAUUUGGUGAACAUCCAGUUUAGAAGAAAAACAACGGUGAAGACAUUGUGUAUUUAUGCAGACUACAAAUCUGAUGAAAGCUACACCCCAAGCAAGAUCUCUGUCAGAGUAGGAAAUAACUUCCACAACCUUCAGGAAAUUCGGUAAGGAAUCCAGAUUUCACCAGGCUUGCGACUUCAGAAAAUACCCACCAUUUUUCCUGUUAAUAGAAAUCCAUUACUAUUCCACAUUAAUACUCCACGCCUUGCUUGAAUGAUCUGAAAACAGCUUCUUCACAUUCUUAAAUCUGUUGUAGUUAGCCAGCAAACAAGCAUUGCUUAAUUGGUGUACUUUUGUAAAUUGAAUUCUUCUUUAGAUUAGUGUAAUCUUAAUGUAUUAAGAUGUAAUAUAUGUAAAUGCACAUAUAUUCUUCCAUAUUGCUUAUACAAAGUAUUAUUGAAGUGUACCAAGCUAGGAAUUGCAACUGUACAUCAAGUCCAUUUGCAUUUAUCUCCAAAAGGGUAAAACACUUAUAGAAAAAAUGUUCAAAACUGUUAAUCACAUUCCAAGUCCUUCUUUAGUCUUUUAGAUCAUAAAAUAUUUGCAAGUGAUUUUUGAAGGUAUGGUUCUACUUUGAAAGGUGAGUAUGUAAAAAUUACAACGUCUUCAGAAGAUCUUCUCCCAAUUUAUGUCAGAGUCCUAUGUGCUUCCUUUAGUGACUAAUUUUAAACUUUUACUUCUGAUAACACUGCAGAGCCAUUCCAGCUAAGAGUUAGUAAGAUGAAAUCUUUUGUUUCUUGUACAUCAACAAUAUUGUUUAAGCUCCAAUUUACACUUGUGUAAAUGAGCUGAAGACAGUGGGGUUGCAUGGAUGUAACGGAGGGCAUAAUUAGGCCUUUAGACCCUUUAUUUUAAGUGAUAAUGCAUGACAAAGCACUCCCUCCAGUGUCAGACAGCGUUUCUCCUUUAUGCAGCUUGUCUCUGAUUCUGGGUUAAGCCUGUGGCACUGGCAGUUAGAAAAGCAUCUUCUAACAGUAGUUGCAGCACAGUUUGAUCUGGAAACCACAGAUAUAAAUAUGCAAUACCAUUUUAACAGAAUCACUUCUAGGAGUAGAGCAGCUCUGUAUGUACUCCAAGACACAGCAAUCCUCCCUGUAACGGAGGAAAGCUAUACUUGACUGCUUCUGAAACCUGUCAAUGCUACUUGUGCUCCAUUGGUCAGAGAAGAUGGCUGGAGAGAAAUGUGAGGAAUUUCCUCAUUAGGAGGUUGAGUAUGCUGCCUUCACAAAUAUCUCAGGAACUGCUUUCUUGU